AGACACUCUCACAACACAACAAUGGCACCGACGAUAGUAUCAGACGCUAUUGCUGGUUUCAAUCCUCUGCACUUUUCUGUGCUAGUGACUGGAAUCAUUGUAGCCCGGUUCCUCUAUGUCAGUCUUACAUGCCCAACUCGACACUUGCCAGGGCCAUGGUAUACACGCUUCACGCAUCUUCGCCUCAAACGCGCAGUUGUCACUGGUCAGAGGAUCUUCUAUAUCGACAAUCUUCACAAGCAGUAUGGGCCUAUUGUUCGACUUUCGCCAAAUGAAGUCGCAGUCGCAGACCUCGACGCUUUCAAAGAGAUUCACAAGAUUGGUACGAAGUAUCUCAAGAGUGAAUGGUACCUUCGCCUGGCGAAUUUCCCGAAAGCGGGCGUAUUUACAAUGCUUGAUCCCCGCGAACAUGGCCCAAGGAGGAAGCUUCUCUCGCGAUCGUUCAGCAGAACCUACCUAGUAGAGCACUGGGAGUCGGUCGUGAGAGAAAAAGCACUUCUUGCGGUGCAGAAGAUCAAGGUGGAUGCGCAAAACAGCAGCGCUGAUAUCUACAAUUGGUGGAUGCUGCUCGCUUCCGACAUCAGCGCUCAUUGCGCUUUUGGCGAGUCGCUCGGCAUGCUGGAAGCUGGCCAUCAAAAUCAAUUUCUUCGAGUUUUGAAGAAGCUCACGAUGGGUGCUGGUAUCAUGGUUGAGAUGCCUUUCCUUCGGCUUCUACGAUUUGUCCCCAUCACAGCGGUGCAAGAGAUGUUUAACGCCAAUGACUACAUCAUCAAGGGCGCAGGCCGAGCCGUCGAAUUAGCUAGGUCCCGCACAGGCGAGCAAAACAUCUUCGCCAAGGUCAUCGAGGAAAACAAAAAGGAAGGUGUAGGACACAUCGACGACAUGGAUGUGAGAAUCGAAGCCAUGAACAUCAUCAUUGCCGGUACUGAUACCUCUGGCGUCACGCUCACUUACCUUACGUGGGCUGUUUUGCAACGGCCAGAUUUGCAGGCGGCCCUGGAGGCCGAGGUCUGUGGUUUGGCUGAUGGCUUCACCGAGAAUCAACUGAUCAAUCUCCCGUUGCUGAAUGCCGUCAUCGAGGAGACAUUGAGACUGUAUGGUGCUGCACCUAGCAGCCUACCACGCAUUGUGCCUCAAGGUGGGACUAAGUUCGCAGGACACUACAUCCCGCAAGGAGUAACUGUCGACACACAAGCGUACACCUUCCAUCGUGAUCCAGAGAUCUGGAGCGAGCCUCUGAGGUUCAACCCACAACGCUGGCUCCCCUCCAAAGAAGGGCUCUCUGCUGAAGCGCAUUCACCGGCUGCCAGAACAGCAUUUCACCCUUUUGGCGCUGGUGCACGAUCCUGUAUCGGCAUUCAUCUUGCACGUAUGGAACUCCGAUAUGCGGUCGCAUUCUUUUUUAGAGAGUGCAAAGGCAUCAAGCUUGCACAGCAAACAACACCAGAGAGUAUGGAUUUUGUGAAUUUCUUCUUGAUCGCGCCGAAGGCUCAUCGAUGCGAAAUAACCUACAACAGAUAGAUACAAGCU